GGGUAAAGUUGAUGGUUUUUUAGUGGUUGGGAUUUAAGGGAGGAUCCUUCACUUGUGCCGGAAGUGAUGCUCCCCUGUGGGUCUGGAUUUCUUGAUCUUUCUUUCACUUUUUGCCUUCUUUCUUGCUUUUCUUCAGCCGAAUCGGGGGCAAAUUGACUGAAAGACGCAAUCUUUUUUGCUCGUCCUCGCUGCUUCGAGCCCCACUUGUGGGUUUGCCCGUUCUUGCUUCUGGGUUUUGAUCUCUUCGCCCCCUCCGCCUUAUCUUAUGGGUAACCAACGAUUGAGGACUAAAAGAUCUGAACCUUUUCCUCCUUUUUAUUCUAUUUUUGCUUGAUUUCUUGCUUCGUUUUUUGCAUGGUAAUUCCACGCCCCCCUUUUUUCCCCAGUCGUUUUCAUUUGUCGAUGUGAUGGCUUUUCUUUGUUGCGAGGCUCGUCUUUUCUUGAUCUCUUGAUCUUUUUAGGUUUCAGAUAGGUUAUCUCGAUUGGAUUUUGGUCCCCUGGUCCAUCCAUUGCUUAAAACAGGCAAUUUGGGGGGGGGGAUUUUUCUCGUCUUUCUCACUGAAGAUUAUUUCCUUUCCCGAUUUCCAAGCAAAAUUGAACGAAUUUGCCCCUUAGAUCGUGCCUACUAUCGAUUUUUUGUGUCUCGAUUUCGACACCUUGGGUGCUACUUGUUGAUCUGGCACCCCAUCCAUUGAACAAAUAGGGGUUGUAGGGUGGCUCUUCUUUUCCUCCGUGGAGAAGAUGGGGGAAUGCAGUGAAUUCAGGGGUUGGGAGGAGCUGAUUCCUGAUGCUCUGGGCUUAAUCUUUCGUAACCUUUCGCUUCAGGAGAUCCUUACUGUUGUCCCCAGGGUCUGCAAGGCUUGGCACCGGGCGGUCUCCGGGCCUUACUGCUGGCAAGAGAUAGACAUUGAGGAAUGGAGCCAGCGAUGCAAGCCGGAGCAUUUGGAUCGAAUGCUUCAGUUGCUCAUCGCCCGGAGCUGUGGCUCCUUCCGACGGCUUUGCGUCUCUGGACUCCCCAGUGACUCCAUCUUUUCCUUCAUUGCAGACCAUGCUGUUUCCCUUCAGACCUUAGAGCUGCCGAGGAGUGAAAUAAGCGAUUCCAUUGUUGAACAUGUUGCACCGAAACUGUCAAACAUCACUUUCUUGGAUGUGAGCUACUGUAAAAAGAUUGGUGCUCGUGCCCUUGAGGCCUUUGGCAAGCACUGCAAGUCCCUUGUUGGGCUCCGUCGGAGAAUGCACCCACUGGAGGUGGCAGACAAGGUCUGCCAAGAUGAUGAGGCCCAGGCCAUAGCUCGUACAAUGCCCAAGCUCCGCCACCUCGAGAUGGCCUACCACCUCCUCACAACAUGCGGGGUCCUCGAGAUUCUCUCACGGUGCGAGGAUCUCGAGUACCUGGACGUGAGGGGCUGUUGGGAUGUGAAGCUUGACGACAAGAUCCUGAAGGAGAGGCAUUCUAGUUUGAAGGUGUUGGGACCUCAUAUCGUGGACUGCUACGACAAGAGAUUCUGGGAUGAUGAUACCCCCUCGGAUUACUCAGAUUCCUCUCUGUACUCAUGGGAUUUCAUGGAGGAUGGCAUCGACGUCUAUGAGGGGGAGAGCGAUGAUGAUAAUGUUUGGGAUGAUGAGCAAGGGCUGGAGGGGUUGGAAGUCAGGUUCUAUGGUGGUGGGCUAAAUUUUGAAUUUGCUGGGUUUGAUUGGCCUCCAUCUCCAUGAGUACUGUCUGUUUGCUUUUAAUGGGCUACCUACUCGUGCUGCUGCUACUAUUACUAUUCUGCUGGUGGUUUUUAGAACCGCUAUAAUCUACUAUAAAUCCUAUUGUAUCUUUGCUUUGGAAUGUUGGAAGGGAUGCAUUUGGGUGUAAACUUGUUACAUGAAGCAAAUCGAAGUGCCCGGACCUCUUUGUUCAUCGCCAAGGAAAUCUCUAGUGGAUAAUUAGUUGUAUUUGUUCGAUGAAUAUUGCGAAAGCACCUGUAUAUGAGAAGCUAUUUCUGAUCUAAUAGGGUGAGGCAGACUGGCAAUCAUUUGUUAAAACAGUUUGAUUAUCAUCCAGUGAUGAAUCGAAUGCAGUCGGGUUGUUGAUACU